AAUGCAUUCAUUAUAUUUUUAAAUGUACUCCGCCAAACCACCCCUAAAUGGAGCAGCAAAGGCAGGAUUGCUACUUGUUCACUGAUCCAACGAAUGCACAUUCAAUUGGGAGGAAGUGGCGUCGCUUUGUUCCGUUUUUGAGAAGCGAAAUCGAACGCUUUUCAAUGUAGAACCCCCCGUGGGGCGACGAUCAUCCUCUUUCCCAUCUUCUGCUUUUCACUCCUUUUUCUUCUCUGUCUAAAGUGUCCACUGGAUUUUCUUACUUUUGUGUAUAUGAUGCUUUGUACUGCAUUUAAGACUCAGAUACAGACGUGGCUACGAGAUUAUGACAGGAUUCAAUCCUUUGCAGUUAUUCUCAUCUAUGUUCAGAUUGGUUGUGCACUGAUUGGAUCUCUUGGGGCAUUAUACAACGGUGUUUCGCUAAUCAAUUUGGGUAUUGGGUUAUUCGCAUUGGUCGCUAUUGAGAGCAGCAGUCAGAGUCUUGGUAGAACAUACGCUGUACUUCUCUUCUCUGCAAUCUUAGUCGACAUUUCUUGGUUCAUUCUUUUUGCAUCCGAAAUCUGGAAUAUUUCGUCUGGGGUUUAUGGAACCUUUAUUAUCUUCUCGGUGAAACUCACUCUCUCCAUGCAAAUUAUUGGAUUUUGUGUGAGAUUAUCAUCUUCACUACUGUGGAUUCAAAUGUAUAAGCUGGGUGUUUCUUAUAUAGACUGUUCAGUUUCCCGAGAAGCAGAUAAUGAUAUGAGAAACAGUUUUCUCAAUCCUGCAACUCCUAUAACUAGACAGCCAUCCAAUUCUGAUGAUGCUUUAGGUGGUUCUGUAUACGAUCCUGCAUAUUAUUCCUCCUUGUUCGAAGAUGGAAAAGAUGAAACGUAUUUUUACAGGGGUAGUCAAAAUAAUGGCUUUGUGAUUGGAUCACCUUCUACGGCGAAAACAGCUCAAUUUAAGACAUCAAUGAGCAGAUCUAUCCACAUCACAGAUGACGACAGUGCUACUAGAAGUCCCCAACAUGUCUGAGACUUGGUUGUGUUACAAUGAGCAUUUUGGAAAAGUCCAUUCUCCAUUUUUUAUCUGGAGAUUCAGUUUGUUCACUUGAUUCAACAAGUUUGUGUAUGGUAGUGAGUUCUGUACAGUGACCGAAUGGUAGUAUUCUUUUCCAGGAUAAUACAAAUUAUAAACCUCAUUUAGUUGUCCUGUAAAGAUAACCGUGUAAGUUCCUAUAUUCUGGCAAUGCAAUUUUAAAUCUUUCAAGUUA